AAAGAUGUUCACUUCCGUUUCGUUUUCCGCUGCAGCUCUGUCGUUGUUUGAUCACGCGAGGGUUUUUGCGAAUCGAAACUAGCUGAAAUGUUAAUCAUAAAAGCUUAAGCCUCUUUCCACGUAAUUUUUUUCCCCCCUUCAGUGUAAUAAAUAUGUCGUCGAUAGUGAACACUGUACACGUGGAGUGCAACGGAAAGGCAGUAAGGAAGCUUAUAAGGUUCCUUCUCAUAGAGCCAGUAUCUGAUCAGGAGUGUGUGCUGAUCCCAGAGCUCUGCAGGCUCUUCUAUGAGUUGGGCUGGGUGACAGGAACCGGGGGAGGAGUGAGCAUGCGACAUGGUGAGCACAUUUAUAUAGCUCCCUCAGGUGUUCAGAAGGAGAGAAUACAACCAGAAGACUUGUUUGUGUGUGACAUUGAUGAGAAGGACAUCAGUUGUCCACCUCCACAGAAGAAUCUGAAGAAAAGCCAAUGCACGCCCCUCUUCAUGAACGCCUACACAAUGAGAGGAGCUCAGGCUGUUAUCCAUACACACUCAAAGUCUGCUGUCAUGGCAACUCUCAUGUGUCCCGGCAAAGAAUUCCGCAUCACGCAUCAAGAGAUGAUCAAGGGGAUUCGAAAAGGAAACUCUGGUACAAACUACAGGUAUGAUGACACUCUAGUUGUUCCAAUAAUUGAGAACACCCCAGAGGAGAAAGACUUGAAAGAGCGCAUGGCCCGAGCCAUGGAGAUGUACCCCGACUCCUGCGCUGUUCUCGUCCGCAGACACGGGGUCUACGUCUGGGGAGAGACCUGGGAGAAAGCAAAGACAAUGUGUGAAUGUUAUGACUACUUAUUUGACAUAGCUGUGAAGAUGAAACAAUGUGGCCUGGAACCCUCUGCUCUUCCCACUGAAGAUAAAGGCAUUGUUUGAUACAGUCUUUAACAAAUGUUACCACUAUGUUUUCAAAAUAAUAAAUGCUUAUUGGACUUUUCAAAAUGUACAGAUCAUCAUUUGCAAUUAUUAUAAUUUUUUUUUUCUUUUUUAAUUUUCACAACAGUAUUCUAUUCAAUAUUUUUUACAAUGUCAGUUACCUGCAAACAGAAUGAAAUAUUGUAAUGGCUUGCAUGAGUCUACAGCAUUCUGAAACAAAUGAAUGUCAUUCUUCUUUUUGUGUGGAUGCUUUGAUGCUUAGCAACAAUGGCAUCAUAAUGUCAUGAUUAGAAUUUGUUGCCUAAUUUGGCCGCUGUUUGUAUUCAAAUGAAAUUGCUAUAAUCACACAGAUUCUAACCAUAAAUAUACUGUGCAGCAGUGGUUAUCAGACCCCUCCAUGAAGUACCCCCAGCACUGCACGUUUUGUAUGUCUCCAUAUAUCUGACACACCAAUUUCAGGCCCUGCAGUCUCCACUGAUGAGCUGAAUCAGGUGUAAUAGAUGGAGACAUACAGAAUGUGCAGUGCUGGGGGUGCUUCAUGGAGAGGUUUGAGGACCACUGCUGUACAGCUUUAUGUACAAUUCAAGUAAUAUAGCCAGGAGAUGGCACUGUUGUCUCUAUGGCCUUCUUGUACUUUGCAAGAACUCCUGUGGAAGCGCCCUCUGCAACUUCAAACAUGUUUGCAUUAGUCAGUUGUAUUAUGUCUGCAAUUUAACAGCUUGAGAGGAAAAUGAAAACCAAUUGUGUUGUGCCAGAGUCUUGAUUCAGAGAAAAACUUAGAAAGACUUGUUAUUUGAGGGAAUCCAGGUAGCAAUGGUUUUCUGCCAUCCAUUUUGUACUGCUUGAGCUUGGGUGAUUCAAACCCCUUCAGAGGCUGGUCUCAUCAUCCCUCCGCAUGCUGUUGCAGUUAACAUCUCUGAGGCAAUGCUUUUUGUUGUUGAGCAGGUUUCAUCGGCUUCCUCAGUCCGAUCAAAAUUUGAUCAAAUCUGUUGCACCCUCCUUUCAAAACUGCUGCAGACUAUCAAUGGCACAGAUAUAAAUGCAACUGAUGUUGAGUGAGGAAUGUCCAUGAUGUUCAGUAGACCUGCAGAACAGAAUAUGACUUCAUCUUAUUUUUCUGUGUUGUUUUAAAAUUGACACAAGAUCAUUAAAUAUAUCAAAUAUACCA